CAGCGAGCGCGGUUCAAUGCUCAAGCUUUUCUCUCGCGAGGAAGGACGCCAUUAUCGGAAUCCUCACAAACAACACGAGAAUUCGUCAUUCACACGAUUUGAAUGAUGUCUGAUCAAGAUUUGGUGGAGAUAGUCCAGAUCGCAGUGGAUGAUUUGAAUCAUGAGGGUCAUGGAGACGACCUGGACAACGAUGAAUCUGAUCAUCCAGGAAGAAAACGUGCAAGAAUGGACAGUGGUCAUGAGGCGUCUCUCAAAGCGAUGCUGUUGUCGGUCAGCCAGGCUAUCUGCCAGCGGCUUGACAGCAUGGAGACCAAGCUGCAGCUUUUAGAAGCAACUUGUCGAGGUUUGGGAGAGAAACUGGACACAUUGGGAAAGAACCAGGGGGCAAUACAGGUGCCCAUGGUCGCCGGCUCUCCAUUUGGAGCCACUCAAACUUGUGACAAAGUGCGGUGCGUUGUUCCCCAGACAAACGUCAUAGUGAGCGGAGACAGGUCGAAGACAAUGAAGGAGGAGAUUGUGUCACGCCCUGCAGACUCCUUGGAGAAUUUACUAAGCAAUACUGUUGGGAGAGGAAGACAGAAGACCAUCGUACUGAAGGUUCCGGUCCACGAAGAGAUUCAUGAUGAUCAGGAAAGCGGCUCUGAAACGAGUGACUCCGUGUCUAACAGUGGUCAGCAUUCAUCACAAAACACCAACAACGUGACACUCAUCACACUGAACUCAGAAGAGGACUUUCCAACCGGAACGUGGUUAGGUGAUGAGAACAACCCUGAGAUGCGCGUGCGCUCCCCUGUAUCCUCAUCCGACAUGUUGCACAUCAGCACCAACUGCCGCACUGCAGAGAAGAUGGCGCUGACACUGCUGGACUACCUGUUCCACCGCGAGGUGCAAGCUGUCUCCAACCUCUCCGGACAGGGCAAGCAUGGCAAAAAACAGCUGGACCCUCUCAUGAUCUACGGCAUUCGAUGUCACCUGUUUCACAAGUUUAGCAUAACGGAGUCCGACUGGUACCGCAUCAAGCAGAGCAUCGACUCCAAGUGUCGCACUGCCUGGCGCCGAAAACAACGAGGCCAGAGUCUGGCGGUUAAGAGUUUCUCGCGACGGACCCGUUCCUCGCAGAAUAGUUCAGAUGGAGUCUCGGCCGGAGAGACGUCGGCUAUUGAGACCUCUACCCAGCAGGCUUUGCAUUACGCUUUGACUGGGGCCACACAACAGGUCCAGAUCCACCGCAUAGGAGAAGACGGGCAGGUGCAAGUCAUUCCACAGGGACACCUCCACAUCGCUCAGGUGCCACAGGGUGAACAGGUGCAGAUUACUCAGGACAGCGAGGGCAAUUUACAGAUCCACCAAGUGCACGUCGGUCAAGAUGGACAGGUUAACGUUCUGAGAGGGCCGCAACUGAUAGCCGUGGCGUCGGCCGAUGGGAACGGCGGGGUUGACUCGUCUCCUCUCCAGGCUAAUGAUAUUCAGGUCCAAUACGUGCAGCUUGGGCCAGUGACCGACCACACUGGAGGAGUACAAGCAGAAGGUUUGACUCCAGCGCUGCAGGCGGAGAUUGACGUGAAGGAAGCCAUUCAGCUCCAGCAAGCCGAGAACGGAGAGGUGGUCCAAAUCCAGAUGCCCGUCAACUCCGUGAACACAUGAGACGUAUAUCAGGCAGACCUUCUCACGCACAAGCGAACGUGAAUAUUCAGCAGGACCUCGAAGCAUUCUCAGCCGAGGAGAGCCAACACCUGAAUUCUCAAUUUUUUUAAUGAAAACAAGCUAUCGGCUCAACCCAAGUACUGCAAAAAACAAUUUGGUUUAACUUGUCUUCUCUUUUGAAAACUACUGGCAGUCCCCUACUCGACAGUCAUCCAGUCCUCUUGGUAACCUAUAAGCAAUGUUGGAUUCCUUGCUGGCUUAUCGGAUCUAUCUGGAUCUUGUCACAAAGCAUAACGGAAAGAUAUUUUCUUCUGAAGAACAGCAUGUCGAGCGGUUGAGCUUUAAGAUGCUUCCAUGAUCUUUUUAAAACUGAGCAAUUGAACGUUUUAAAUAGACUUUCCUUUUGUGACUUCGUAUUGGCUUAACUGAUAUUACAAACCAGCAUCGUUGUAGGGAAUGCAUCAAUUGAUAACCUUAGAUUUUCAGUUCCGCUCUCUGUUUAUGAUGUUUUUUUAUUUGCUGUGUGAACGGGUGUAGUGCCAGGACAAUAUUUAAGGGCCGCCCAUUCUUCCCUCAUCAAUAUGAGAUUUGUUUUCAUAAUGGUUAGUUCGAAUAAAUACCUUUAUCGUACAUACAAAAACUACUGAAAGUUUUGUGAUGCUUUGUAGGGCAGUUUACUAAAAACACAGAAAAAUAUGACAACCACCGUGUUUAUGUAGUAUAUAAAAUAUGUACUUUUUUCAUAUAUAUGAAUACAUAUAUAAAUAUAUUUGUGUAUGAAAAUUUUGUUUCAGGAUUAUUAAAUGAUCCUUGUUUUCAUGCACUGUGUCCUGAGUUGACUAUGACAUCAACUAGACACCAUCUGCCAGACAGACUUUAGUAAGACGCGGUUUUUGGCAGGUCAGUGUAAUUUUUCUUCCUGUGUGUCUGGUGAUAAAUGAUGUGUAUGUGUAUGAGAUUAUGGGCAAGUGUGUAACUGUUACGUGCUUAUAUUUUGUUAUGCAUAGAAUAGUUUUAUUACCUAAUACAUUUGCCACAAUUUACAGCUGUUGGUAGAUGUAUCCUUCAUUGCCUUCCACGUCCCACAAUGCUCCGACAGAUUAGAACCAACUCGGAGGCGAGAAAAUGAUGACAGAAUUUAAUUUUUUGGGUGAUCUGUCCCUUUAAUAAUCCUGAAUUGUACAAAAAAAUAUUCUGAAGAACAAAACCAUCAAGACAUGACUGACACAAGGUUGAGUUAAUUAUCCCUAAAUGAUUAUUUUUGGGGGAACUAACCUUUUAAAUGCAAAUCCAUAGACCGCACUUUUCUAAUGUGGUUAUGGCGUUGCAAAGUACCAAUAAAGAAGAUUAAUAAAAGAACAAGCAGCGACAAUGAAACAUAAAAGCACAACAUGCUAAAAAACGACAUAUUGAAAGCAUGUGUUAUGGUUUACAUAAAGGGAUUUAUUUAUUUUAUACUAUAUGACUCAGUGUUUGGUGAUUGAACAGUAAUCAGGUGUUGUGGUUACAAACUAAUGAACGCCUUCGACUGAAAGAAGUUUGGAUGCUGUUAAAAGAGUUCUGCCCCGAUGUGUUUGAAUUAUACCGUAUUUUUAGUUCAGAGUUUGUUGUAGUUCUCUAGCAUCGCAACACAUUCUCUGUGAAACUCCUACUUUGACUCCUUUGCUUCUAAUGGGACCUAGCAAAGCUCUCCCCCAUAUCAAAACAUGGCCGGAAUAUCCCGAACUGUAACAGACGUUUCAGGUUUUACAACACAGGCACCGCUGGGUGGUUGUCAUGGCAAAAGUACAAGAUGAAAUUGCUAACUCAUCAGGUCCUGCUGCUCCGGUGAGUUUAAAUCAGAUGUGUCUGUCCGAUUAUUUGCAUCUUAUGCAGGAAAACCAAGUGCUUUUGGAACUUUGUUGAGUUUUCCCACGCACCCUGUAACACAAUGGUGUAUUUUGGAGUGUGUGUGAAAAGAAGUCUGCAUAAUCGCUGAUAAAAACAUUUCUCCAUUUCGUUUUGUUUUCUUAGAGUCUCGAAGUCUCAUAUUAGCUCUCAUCUGUACGCCAUCCAUCUAUCCCCCCUUAGGAAUGUUUUUUUUUUUCAUAAAUCUGUUUUUCUCACCCUCCUACAUGUUUCUCUAGUUUUGUCUGUUCUGUUUUGUUUUUCGUUUGUUUUCCCUCAGAUUCUGUAUUUGGUACUUUUCUGGUAAAUUAAAUUAACAAAUUAUA